AUGACUCUACUGGGCAUCCGCCGCUUCAUGACAGCGAGUUACCAUCCGCAGGCCAACCGCAAGGCCUCCCUUGCAGCCUCCUCAUCCUGCUGCAAGAAGUGGGCGGACGCCUUGCCUCUCACACUCCUUACCUGCCCUCUCGCCCUGCAGUGUCCAGGACUUCGCCAGCAGCCUGAAGGAGUCCUUGGUGAGUCUUCAGCUGGUGCAACCUCUGCCAAGACCUUCGCCAGCCAGGACCUUGACAGCUGUUCCCACAUCUUUCUCCGUGUGGAUGGUGUUAGACGGCCCCUACAGCAACCCUACCACGGUCCCUUCAAAGUCCUCCGUUGUACUCGGAAGACGUUCAUCCUCGACAUCAACAGCGAUUCCCAAACCGUGGCAGUGGACAAGGUGAAACCUGCCUACCUUCUCCAGGACGUCCCAGACCAGGCUGCUGUCACUACCACGUCUGCAGUCUGCACUGCCGCCACCCAUCUGAGACUCGGCAGACAGAAGAAGAGAGUCUCGUUCCUCCUCCCUCGUCACUAG